AUGCCCCCCGUGGUCAGAGACCCCGCCGCCGACGAGCCCGACGAGCUGGGCCUUGAGGGUGCCGCUUUAGAAAGAGUCCUCGCUCCCCUGCCCCGACGCCGCCGCCCCGCCCAGCCGUACCAGUCUGUCGAGGAAACCAUCGCCGCCGUCUCCAACGGCGCCGCCGACUCCACCGCCACACGUCUCCAGCGUGGCGCCAAUUUAUUCACCCCGGCUCAGAGAGCCGCCAUUGUGCGCGAGACUAGGCGGCUGACGGAGAGGAUGAUACAGCGUUUUGCUGAGAGGAACGCCGCCAACGCCGCCGACCCCAACAGCAGUAGCAGCAGCAGCAGCAUAAGCAGUAACAGCAGCAGCAGUGCAGCAACAUCGUCUGCUGGAGAAGUUCGUGGUGGUGGUCGUGGUGGUCGAGGAAGAGACGCGGACGUGGACGUGGCUGGUUACGAUUUUCAGAGAAGCUGUCCUUUUUUUUACCAAGCUUCUUUUUACUCAGGUUUCUCUUUGCUUUAA